UUUUUUUUUUUUAAUAAUUAACGUAACUACAGGUACAUAGUUAGGAGAAGAUUUCACGAUCUCAAUUUUAUAUCACUGAUUUGAAAUAUAUACACCAAUAUUGUUUUCAGCUCUGUCUGUCUAUUUGUUUUUUUUUCUUCUUUUUUUUUAUUGCAAGUUAAAUGUCUCUCUCCCUUGUGAAUGAUUGUUGCGAUGUAGCACGCCCAAGUAUCUGCUUUAAAUUUGCUACACCGUGUAGUCGUAUAGAUGACUAUACUGCCGUCGGUCGAUAAACAGCGAAACGCGGAAUUGAAUAGUACUGUGUGUUUGAAGGAACGUGGACCGCUUGUAUCUCGAUACAGUAAUGCAGUAGUUCUCGAGAACAAUAUUUUUGGUCUUGAUCUAGUUGAUCACAACAUUACUCAAUUCAUCAUGUCCGAGAAACGUUGAUUACGUAUUGUGUGUUUCACACUUCUCCGAUGAACUUUCCUGAAUGCAUCGUCGAAGACACCGAAGUGCAAGGGAACUAGUGCGAAGGACGAAAGUGUGAAAGCGUACGCUCACCGCUACUUACCCGAGGAAACAUAUAGUAGCUUUUAGCUCUCGAUUCUCAACUCAGUCUAGAUCGUAUUGUUGUUAAGAUCAUAUUUGUUCAACUAUUAACCAACCAAAGAAUAUUCUGGACUCGACUAAUUGACAAACAUAGGCGUGCAACUGUAACACAUGUACGAGGAACUUCACGAUAAAUAGAAAAAGGAACACCAAGCAAGAUUGUUGGAAUAAUUUCAAGUUUUCGAGGAAGGUCGAAGUACAAUCCUCGUGUUCAAAUUGUAGGAUCGGGUGUGUACAGUAAUUUUCGUGACAAACCGUGCACAGACAGCAAAGAUAUCCAAUGACAUUAAAACGUGUGACUUUCCGUUUCCACGAACUUCGUUAUGUGUCGAUAAUUCGUGUUUCGUGCGUGUUUUAAAUUUGUUGCUGGGGAAAAACUUGUCACUCCUUUGGAUUUUACAUCGGCUAUGGUUGUAGCCAGUGGUGAAUGGGUACAAAAUGCCAGUUUUCCUGCCAAUCAGAAUUCCAACUUGAAAGUAAAUUCGCUGCAAAACAACAAAAUGACAGCCAAAGGAAUUUUAAUCUGUCGUGAUAAUUCUCAUCCUUUUGAAGAACGUACAUUUACUUUGGAGCAGCCUGUGAAGGUUGGUCGUUCUGUGGCAAGGGCCAGGGCCACGCCAAACAAUGCCAUUUUUGAUUGUAAAGUACUAUCCAGAAAUCAUGCGCUAUUAUGGUAUUCGAGUGGGAAGUUUUUUUUACAGGACACACGUAGCAGUAAUGGAACAUUUGUUAACAAUCAAAGACUCAGUGCAGCUGGUUUAGAAUCAGCACCAAAAGAAGUCUGUUCUGGUGACAUAGUGCAAUUUGGAGUAGAUGUGAUAGAAAGUACAAAGAAAGUUAGGCACGGGUGUAUAGUUGCAACAUUGAAAUUAUACUUGCCAGAUGGAAAGGAGGCUAAAGCUAGUCUUAGUACGUCAGUCGCAUCUCCACUCAAUAACGUUUCAUUGGACGAUGUGUACAAGUUGAAUCAAGUUAUGCAAGAGGCCUCGAGACGCGAGAAAGCACUUUAUUCUAAGUUAGUGUAUCUUCAACAACUUGUAGCAAAUACUCGAAAGGCUGCCAAUCAAUCAUGGAAAGCCCUGAUUACAGAGGAUCGUUUAUUGUCCUGGGUGGAGAGUAUGGAAAAUCAGUUAGCUGUUUAUUCUAAAAAUUAUACAGAAGACAAAAUCAGAAAUGAGCUGGUAUCACUUCAGGAAGAGAAAAUACAUUACCAAAAUGCAGCAAAGGAGGCAUUGCAGAAAGUAUUGCAAGAGAAAUUAGAGGUGACUCAAAGAUUAGUUCAAUUAGAGGGACGUUUAAAUGAAACAGAAGAGGAAUGUCAAAGUCUUCACAAUGUGGCGAAAUAUACUCAAACAGAAUUUCAGGAGUUAUGUAACAAAUAUACAGAAGCGCAAAAGAAGUUACAAGAAACUACAAAUAAGCUAAAAGAGAGUGAGGAAAAAAUACAAGACAUAGUACAAAGCACAGAACAAGAGAAACAAGAAUUUUUAAAGAGACUGGAAGAUCAGUCUAGAACUGAAAAAAUUCUACAGACAAGAUUACGUGAUUCUCGAUUAGAUUCUGUUAAUAUUUAUAAACAGAUCACUGCCCUCAGAAAUUACAUGCAAAUUUUGCAGGACAUGAAUACAAAAUUAGUAACAACUGGCAUUAUAGAUUCAAAAGAUGAAGAAAAUCCCAUUGAGGCCAUCAACAUUAUCCUUAAUAAAUUAAAUUCUAUUCAUGUUGACUAUAUAGACAUUGAUGUAGACACAAACUUUUAUUUUUUGAAAGAUGAACAAGAUAAUCAAAUCAAUUCGCAAGAUAUUGACUCAAAUCAAUUAAAAAAUUCUGAUGAUUCUUUUUCAAAAGAACAAUUAGAUGAUUCAUUGGUUAAUAAUGAUAAUUCAACAGAAUAUAUUUUACCACCACCUCGGAAAACUUUGGUUAAUGGAAAUGUAAAUAUAGAUAAUACAGACAUGAACUCAGAAUCUGAUGCCAAUUCAGAUGCAACAGAUGAUACAUGCAGUAUUACUAGUGAUGAUGCAAGUGAAAAAUCUGUUAUAGAAGUUAAAAAAGAAGAAUCUGUGUAUAAAUUAGCAGAAGAAAUUUUUGUACCUUAUAAAAUGGAAGUUAGAUUUAUGUGUGAAGAAAAUGACAAACAACUAGAAACCUCUUAUUCACCUCAAACUGUACAGAAAUUAAAGGAAAGUGAAGAAGCAGAAGUUACUAUUGAGAGCACGAUUAAUGUCAAGAUCACUUCAAAUGAAUCUGUUCCUACGGAAAUUGAUCAAUUUGAAAAGAAAGAUGAAACAGAUAAAGAUAACUGUGAAUUAGAUAAAGAGUGUGAAGAAGAACAUUUAGAAGGAGAUUAUGUUAAAACUCUAAAACCAUUAUCCAAGAAUGAUAACAUGCAGCAAAGUAUACACACAAGAGAAUAUUUACUACAAAUUUUAAUAGGAUCCUUAGAUUCGUUAAAACUUGAGGACAAUUUAGAAUCACAGCAAAUCGUCAGUAAGGAGUUAGAAAGUCUGAAGGAUUGGUUAGUUUGUGAACCUAAUGAGGAAAUUGUUGAAAAACUAAAGCAACUAUAUUAUCGUGCCAAGAACGAAACUCAAAGAAUUCAAGAGCUCCAUGAAGAAUUAGUUAUUUUAAAAGAAAAGUACAAUGCGUUCGUCGAAGAAAAAGCAGAGCUCUCGAAAAAAUAUAAAUCUGUUAAAGCACAAUGUGGUGACUUGUUAAAUACAACGUACACUGUACCAAUACAUUAUGUGGCACCCAUUGCAAUUAUGUUAAUAUGGAUGUUGCUUGAAAAAAUAUUUUAAUGUUUUCGUUUCUUGUAUAUAACUUUAACGUUGAUUAAUAUUAAAAUGUCCUUCCUCUUCGUCGAUUUUUUUGUAUCGUUUGCUAAGAUCUUUCGAGAAGACAGAAUAUAACAAACUGGGUGGCGUGUAACUUCAACAAAAAAAAAAAAAGAAAUUGAACAUUUUUAUACCAACAAAAAUAUUAAGAAUUGUAUAUAUUUUUUCGAUAUUGUUGUCGAAGCACCAAUCUCAAAAAAAAAAGCUGUUCUGAUAAAUGACAAGUGUAAUGCAAACGUAUAUAUCAUGUUACCAUUUAAAAACAAGGAACCAAAAUCAAAUUAAGCAGAGUUGUAGCAAUAAAUGUGUACAUACAUAGAACAAAAUUCUAGGAUAGGGAAAAGAAAUGUAUUAGAAAAAAUAUAGACAAUACCAUGUAAAAUGUUCAACAUGCUGCCAAUAUGCUCGAUAUCAUAUCUUCUUGAAUAAAAUGGUAUUAAUCUCUAUUUACAGAUAUUGCACUCGUUUAUGUCAUUAUUUUUUGCGAUCAAUACAAGCACUGCACCCUAUGAUUCAAAUGUAUCAUUACAUAAAUUAUAAAUAACGUUUAUAUGCAAAGAGCGAUUUUUAUAAAUACCCGUAUCGAUAUAAUAUCCUACGUCUUGAUAAAAAAACUUCCCUUGAUAUUUCUCGUAGAAUUAGUAAUUUUAAAUCUGUGCUAAUUGAAAUAUUUUAUAUUUAUUUGAAUGAUCUGAUAAUUGCUUGUGUUCAAAAUGUAAAAUCAUUAAUUAAUUCGAUUCCUUUGACAUUUUAUAAUGUUAAGGAUUUCUAUGAGAAAUAUAAUAAUAAUGAUAAUGAUGAUGAUGAUGAUGAUGAUGAUGAUGAUAAUAAUAAUGAUGAUGAUAAUGAUAAUAAUAAGAAUGAUAAUGAUAAGCUGAAACAAGUCGAAUUAUCGUGUCCUUUGAUCAAUAAUCGCGUUACGUAUGCUUUCAUUAUAAAUUCAUCGAUUUAAUGAAAUUAUUUAAUAUUAAGCAGUAAUCGAUUUUAAAUUGCAGCUGUUUUUUUUUCUUUUUUUUUAUAUGAAACUAUCUUCUGUAUGUAGAUAAAGAAUAAUUUGUUGAUACAUAACGUUUAAGGUCUUCAGUAACUCAAAGCUUCGAUUAAUAUUUUUUCCGCAGUUCCAUUUCCUUACAUGUGCUUUUCUUUUUUUUAUUUUUUAUUAUUUUCUCUCUUUUUUUUUUAUAUUGUUUUGUCGUUUAUUUUUUGUUAGUAGAAUGAUAAUAGGAGCAUAUCGAUUCGAACGACCUAAUAAAUUUUAAGAUGAGAAUGAUUCUUCAGUGCGAAAUUUUUCCUAUAAUUCUUAUUAUUAAAUCAGUGUGUUUAGCCAAUUUUUCAGAUACGAUGGCCUAGAUGUCUGUUUCUAACAAAGAAAAAUAACCAAAAGAAAAAGAAAAGAAGAAGAACAAUGUUGUAGUUAUACUUUUCUAUUUAUUCUUUUUAUACGAACGCGACUAAAAUUAACUGAUAUUUUCUUAAUUCACUGAUAGUUUAGUUACAGUGCCAUUGCCUGAUCUAUUUCUGCCCUGUUAAACCUGAUAAAUACCGAUCAAUAUAAGCGAACAAUACGAAGUAUAUUCAAUUUCCCAAAAAAGGACAUUGGCCUGGCUGCUUUAUGGGAUGUUACUUUCUUGGUAGAUUGAAACUAUAUUUAAGAUCGCGAAGGUUUAUAUAAAUAAUGAAGUAAUAUUGUACAUAACAUUGUUGACCUCUUACCAUUUAUGUAAUAGUCAUUAUAUAAAAAAAAUAAAAAUUAACUUAACUGAA